AUGAACUAAAACAUUUUCUUGCCUAAUUUCAAUUUAUCUCUCUUGUAAUCACAGAAGCAUUUUACUGAUAGUAAACUUAAGACCAAUAAAAUAAAUAUUUCCACUGAAAUAGUACCCUCUGUUAACUAAGAUUGUUUGGAAAUUAAACUGAUAGUCGAUUCUCCUUUUGGAUAGCUUUAAAUUUCUAAUAAUAUUUUUAUUAGAGUGAAAGAAUAGACUUCUACUCAAAAUAAGGAUCUUUGCAAUUUAGAAUCCAACCGAAAUACCUUACUUUAAAAUUAAGUAGAAGGAAAUGAUACUAUAAAUUAAUUCCUUGGUAUUUAUGACUAGUAAAGUUCCUAGUGUUUUAUUCAAAAAAAAUAAAUUUCAUCUUAGAGCAUUGAAGAAAUUGACGAAGAGGAAGAAGAUAAGUAAAAAUCAACAGCCCCCAACUCACCUAAUUAGCAAAAAUAUUCUGCUUCUACUAGUAAUUCUCCAGCAUCUUUGUAGGCAAGAUUCGAGGAUUUCUAGGUUGAUAAUGCAAAUAUUGAGUACACUGAAACAGAAGAAAGCUAAAAAAUUGAAGAAAUCAGAACUAAAAGUUAGACCAUAUUGACAUCUUCUAGUAUGAGUACCACUUCUCUAAUAAUUGAAGAUGAAAGUGAAGAAUUUAAUACUUCUCAAAAUGAUGAUGUGUAGUCUACAUUCAUCAAAUCCGAGAAGAAAAAUAGUGUAAAAAACGUUUUAAAAGCUUUCGGUAACUUCAUUAUAAACAUGAACGAAAAUUAAAAUGACGAGAUAGUUGAAUAAUCUUCAUUUAAGUCAGUUGAAGAUUUAAAGAAGCGCUAUUUGAGGUACAACAAAAACUAAAGUUACAAUAAUUCUCUUGUAUGCAAAAUCAUCCAACAUCAACAAUACGGUAUUGUAUUCAAGCACUUCAUCAAUAACUAUGCAAGCUCUUGGUUAGAGAGAAGUGAUGUAGGAGAUAAGGCCUCUCACGAAACAUUCAUCAAUUUUUGCAAAAGCGCCUGUGAAGAUCAUGAACUCUUAAACUGUUUAAAGAUAAUAAAGAAGAAGCAUUUGAAGUUAUCAUCAUGCUGA